CGAGUUAUUGCUUAACGAACAUGGUAAUGUAUUUGUAAUAAACAUUAUUCACUGUCUUAAUUGCACUUCUUACUGAUACUAUAUGUUCGGCCGAACAUAGAUGGCUGCAGUAUCUUUUUUGGAAACGACCAAUCUUGUUGGGUUGGGGUUAUCUGCAGACAAAGUAUACAGUCAUAUAACAGAUUUAAGCGGUACAAAAAUAUCCACAGUCGACUCUUCACCUUUGCCAACAUCCAAUCAAGCUUCAUCAUCAAUCUCACUGAAGCUACAGCAACAACAAAAUACGGGCUUAAAGCUGGUUUCGGAAGUAAUGGAUAGCUCAUCCAAAAUAUUUGAUGGAAUUAACAAAUUUUGGCAAAGGAAUGCACAAGAGUUAGUAGAACAGCAUAGUAAAAGGAGUGGGGGAAAUGGCACGAGUUUGAUAGAGCAAAUGAAAGGCCGCGUUGGAAGUGCCAGUAACAGUAACAGUAGUAAAGUAAAUCCAAAGGAAGGGGAACUCAAGGAAAUGACUCUAAACAACGAUUCAAUGCCUACAAUAUCGUCAACAUCAUCAUCAACAGCAACAAAACCUAUAUCAAGCUCAUCGUCAUCAUCCUCAUUACCAGCAUUUAUGGAAGAGCGUUCAUUUAGCAGAUUCAGAAAAUCAAAGAGUACUGCUACUACUGCCUUGCUCUCGGGUGAGGGUCCCAUACAAAAAUUCUUGGAUAUGAAAUCAGUGGAUGAGCUCAAGAUAGGAGAGGUGACAGAGCUAUUAGCAGAUUAUAAACGACUAGCUGCAAUGAUUAAACAAGCAGGUCUUGCUUAAUAAAACUCUUAAUCGUUACUUGCACUAUAUUUCUAAGAGAGAACAGCGAAAAGUAAAUUCUAAGCUGUCCAUUUUUGAGCUAUCGAAGCAUGCGAUUAUAAUAGGUUGCUUUAUCUUUAUAAACGGAC